CAAAUUUCUUUACAACCAAUUAAUGAAUUAGAAUUAGAAAAUAACUCUGAGUCUGAAUUCAUAGUUACCAGAUUAAAAUCAAAAGGUAAAAAGCGAGUUAGUAGUGAAAUUGAAUCAAGUAAUAGCGAACAUAUUGGGAAUAAUACUGAUGAUUCAUUAAACCAAAAUAUGCAAUAUUCGGAUUCAGAAAUUUGGGAAAAUUUAUUUUAUACAAAUACUGAUAUUAAUAGUGAAUUAAUAGAUAGUAAAAAAAGCAGCAAUAAUAGUGAAUUCACAUAUAGUGAAGAAAGUGAUUAUUAUAAUGAUGAUAAACUGGCAAAUAGUAAAGCGAAUGUUGAUGACUCUAGUGAAUCUAUAAUUAAUGAAUUAAUAAGUGGUGAAGAAAGUAAUUAUGAUAAUAAUGAACUAGCAAAUUGUAAAGUGAAUGAUAAUAAUUCUAGUAAAUCUAUAAAUAAUGAAUUAGUAAAUAGUGAAGAAAGUGAUUAUGAUUCUGAAACCAAAAGUUUAUCAAGCCUUGAUGCUGACAAAACAAUGAUUAAACAGUUAUUUGAAAAGGUGUUUAUAAAUGAUGGAUUAACAU